CUGUUUACCUGUCAUCCGUACACUGCGACACCGAGCAUCCUUUAUGUGUAUGAUGAAAUCCGAUCCGCUUUGAUAAUGUGAAUUCCCUCGCGACUCCAUGUUUGUGCCGACGAUGUCCGUCUCCAUCAUCCCCCCCGUGACCGUCUGAGUGUCAGCAUGGCAUCUUCAGGUUACACUUGCCUCCAAGACAACGCCACAGAAAAGGACAGGCUCCUCUCCUCUGUGGCUAGCUAUGGGCCCCGGGACCUUCUUGGGGCUGGGAGCCCCCGUCCCACUAGUCUGGUGGGCUCUGAGCCCCGCCAACAGCAGGAGGAAGAGGAGGAGGUCCUAAGGAGGAAGCUAAAGUACUUCUUUAUGAGCCCAUGUGACAAGUAUCACGCCAAGGGCCGCAAGCCUUUCAAACUGGCCCUGCAGCUGCUCAAAAUCAUCAUUGUGACUCUACAGUUGGUGCUGUUUGGGCUGAGCAACCAGAUGGUGGUGACAUUUAAAGAGGAAAACACGGCUGCAUUCAAGCACCUUUUCCUUAAGGGUUACCAGGACAACGCUCCUCAGGCUGUCCACUCGCAGAAGGAACUAUACAGCCGCAUCCACUUUACCAUAGAGCAGUACAUGGCUCUGUCAGAGAUCUCACUGGGACGGUAUGCAUACGUGUCGGGCGUCGGUGUAAAUGGAAGUGCGCUUUCCCUCUGCCAGAGGUACUACAGGGGCACCAUCGACCCCGUCAACGACACCUUUGACAUUGAUCCCUAUGUUGUCACCGAUUGCAUUGGACUGAAUCCACCGACUUACAGUUCUGCUCCAGGAAACAGGGACUACAAGAAUUUAACUCUCCAGUUUGACAUGCUGAUCAAUGUAACAAUUGACUUCCAGCUGAAGGCCAUCAACAUUCAGACCAUUAUAAAUAAUGAAAUCCCCGACUGCUACACCUUUACUCUCACGAUUGUCAUGGAUAACAGGGCACACAGCGGCAAAGUUAAGAUCAGUCUACAGAACCAGGCCUCUAUAAAGGAGUGUAGAGACCCCAACGUGUCUGGACACGCGGAGAGCUAUGCACGGGAGUUCCUGGACGUGGUGGUGGCGUUUGUCUGUCUGCUGUCCCUGCUGCUGUGUGGGCGCUCCAUCCUCAGAGGCAUCCUCCUGCAACAUGAGUACGUGCAGUUUUUCAAACACAAACUUGGCCGCAGUGUGAGCUGGGGAGACAGAAUGGAGUUCAUCAAUGGCUGGUAUAUUCUGCUCAUCAUCAGCGACAUGUUCACCAUCAUCGGCAGCUUCAUCAAAAUUGGGAUCGAGUCUAAGACCUUUUCAUCAUAUGACAUGUGCGGAAUCCUGCUGGGAACCUCCACUCUGCUGGUGUGGGUGGGAGUCAUCCGCUACCUCAGCUUCUUUCAGAAAUACAAUAUCUUGAUUGUGACUCUAAGAGCUGCUUUUCCUAAUGUUAUCCGCUUCUGCUGCUGUGCAGCUGCCAUUUAUAUGGGAUAUUGCUUCUGUGGAUGGAUUGUGCUGGGGCCGUAUCAUGCCAAGUUUCGUUCCCUGUCCAAAGUGUCAGAGUGCCUGUUUUCUCUGAUCAACGGAGACGACAUGUUUGUAACGUUCGCUGAGAUGGAGCAUAGCGGCACAUUGGUGUGGAUCUUCAGCCAGGUCUACCUAUACACCUUUAUCUCCCUCUUCAUCUACAUGGUGCUCUCCCUCUUCAUUGCACUCAUCACCGGAGCCUACGACACCAUUAUGGCCCAAAAACAGGAGCAGGUACGCGUCACCGAUCUGCACACGUUCAUUGCAGAGUGCACAGACACGCCCAGUUCUGGCAAGUUCCGUGGGCCUGAGGGGUCGUCAUGCUCCUUCCUCUGCUGCUGUGACUGAGGAGGAGGAGGAGGAGGAGGAGGCGGCGGCACAGAGGGAGUAAGCCGUGUGUGUGUGUGUGUGAAAGGGCACUUUCUUUUUUCUCUUCAAAGCACUAUAUUUCCACUCCAGUUACAGCAGAGUGCAUUUCCACUCCUUUUCUCAGAUACCCAGCAGGGACGAUAAAUGCCUUGAGAGUGAACAGACUGACCUUGGACCACGUUGUCAGUUUGAAUUUUGCAUUUAAAUUUGUGCUGGAAUGGUAGAACGCACUGCACAGUCACAAGCCCAAUUACCUGCUUAGGCUUUUGUACUGUAUGAAUAAUUUAUUUUCUCUUUCUGAAAUGUCAGUUUGAUAGGGCUUUGAUGACUACACACAUAAUGCCAGUAAACAUAUUCAUUGCUGUAGACUGGACACAGGGUCCACUAGCUAAAUGGCUGCAAUUUUUCACUUGAAUGGUCCACUAUGUACAUGGUUUUUAUUAUCAUUUUAUUGUCCACAUGGCUACCCAGGUGACAGGAUUUUUGUGCCUCUUGAUUAUGUAAAUAGAUGUAUGUUCUCUGGAUGUUAAUAGCAGAGGUAGAAUAGACACAAAAGACAGCCAGGUAAGCAUUAGCUUCGGCAACAUUUUCCCUCAACGCUGUUCCUCCACUCCUGUUUUCAUUGUUCACCCCUCGUCCCCUUUGUUCAUGUCCUCUUCUGGCCUGAGGGAGAUGAAGAUUGCAUGAGAAUGGACAAGCCCCGCAGCCAACCAGUUAAGUCAUCAAUAUGUAUGAACUGUUUUUGCUGUAAAGACCCAGGUGACUGCAUGGGAGACAGCGCCUUUCUACUGUCUACAAGUGCUCCGUUCAAGGAUGUAAAAUAGUAUUCCUAUAGAAAAUAAGGGUGUUGUUAGCACUGUCGCCUCACAGCAAGAAGGUCUUGGGUGCAAACCUUGGUCAUCCCAGGCCUUUCUGCGUGGAGUUCUCCUCGUGUCUGCGUGGGUUAUCUCCGGGUGCUCCGGCUUCCUCCCACAGUCCAAAGACAUGCAGGUUAAUAGGUUAAUUGGUGACUCAAAAAUUGCCCUUAGGUGUGGAUGUGAGUGUGAAUGGUUGGUUGUCUCUAUGUGAUAAACUGGCGACCUAUCCAGGGUCUGUCCUGUCAGCUGGGAAUGGCUCCAGCCCUUCCGCGACCCUCCACAGGAUAAGUGGUUAGUGGAUAGAAAAUCAGGAUUCAAACAAUGUCAAGUGAUGCUUAAAGAGAGCUGUGUCAUUGUAGAACAUUUUAGAAGCUGCACAUUGUGCUAGACUAUGCUGCCUUACAAAAGCAGAGAGCAAUAACUGUAAAGGGGUUGAGGUUUGUAGGCUCUUAGCCAAAUUUAACCAAGAUUCAGUGAAACUGAGAACCGCCCACCGGACGGAUGAUGGUACAAGGCAUGAAGGAUGUAUGUGGUAUUAUUGCCAUUUUUGAUUUAGUUAAUUUACAUACCGCAGCAAAGCACACACCGGUGCGGAGUACAAUGGGCUUCCAUUCUUUAACAAAGCUAACACCUGCGCUGUAGUAACGUUAUAACUAAAUUUUUACAGAAAGCAACAUUAAAAACAGCUGCAGGUAUCCAACAUAUUACGUUUGUUAUUUAGUGAGCUUCAAAUGAGGUUUUCCGUUCACGGUUUCUCUUGACUGUCCAUCAGUAUCACAUUAGCCGCUCAAUAUGCUAACACCAACCUACUAACUUACAAAAUAAACAGUAAAACAACACAAAACACAGCAACUUACAGCUUCCAAGUUUUAAGUCGGGUCACGUACAUCCCAUGGUGAUCCGUACUUGACCGGUUACAGAGCUCGUUACACUUGUGGAAUAUUUGAAGCACUAAUUUAUUAAUUUAACACACACUGAAGUGGAUAUGAACACUGCGGUUUUUGCGGCACUUGCCAUCCUUUACGGUUGGCUUUCAAUUUUGCGGUUAUCACGACUGCCCUAACACAGAGAUUCUUGGCUGUCAAACUUUAAGGGACCACGCAGUUGUUAAUGAAACUGGUGUCUUUGUCAAGAAGGGCCAAUGGCCAGCAUCUCAGUUUAAUCAGAGUUUAGGAGCUAGAACUUAUGUGACACUCAGUUUUUCAAAGCAGACAAUAAUUUGGGAAUGAUCAUCCACAUACAGAUGAGUAUCAUCAGCAUUGCAUUGGAAAUUAAUUGCUUGACUGCGUAUAAUUUGGCCAAGAGGUGUAAUAUAUAAAGAGAAAAGCAGAGGGCCAAGAACAGAGCCCUGUGGUACUCCAUAUUUCACAUGAGAAAUGUUUGAUAUGAUAUUGUAGGAAAAACAGUGUGUUCUUUCAGAUAAGUAAAACUUUAACCACGUGAGAGCCAGGCCGGAGACCUUGAAAUAGAUUUUUCAGUCUGUCUAGGACUAUACAGUGAUCUAUGGUGUCAAAAAUCACACUGACAUCCAAUAGAUGCACUGAGGUAAAAUCCAAAUCCAUUAUAAGUAAAGAUCAUUCAUCAAUUUGGUAAGUGGAGUUUCAAUGGAGUGGCAGGCACUAAAAGCAGAUCGAAAAGGUUCAAAAAAGUUACUGAUGUGUUCUGAGACGAAACUCUUUCUAGUACUUUUUAAAAGAAUGGAAGGUCUGAGACAGGUACUGUAAGUAUUAUUAAAAGACCCUGGAUCAAGGUAUGGUUUCUUAAGUCGAGGUUUAACCACAGCAGCCUUAAAGCUAGUGGGUACAGUGCCAGUUGUAAGUGAUUCAGCAUUGUAGGUCGCAGAGAUGACCAGAGGUCUUUGAAAAGGUUAGCUGGUAGAAGGUGGAGGAGGUAGGUGGUUGGUUUAGAAGCCCAGACCAGGAUUUACGUCAAUUUGUGUCUCAGUGUCCUGCAGCCUGCUGGAGAGCACAUGUUUCUUCAGUAAACCAGGGUAUAGGCUUUUUGACCGUCUUGUUUUGGUAGAAAGAGGUGAAUCCAGGAGACUAAAAGGGGCUGUGUUUAAGUUACUGUUUUAAAUAUCUGUUGCUGCAGUGAAAAGCGCAAGGACCAAGUGCAGGUAAAGUUGAGGGACCAAGAUGGGGAACACAAAAAUAGAUCUUUCAAUUCCAGGAAACAGAAAAAAGUGGGUAAAUUAGGUGUUGCUAAGGAUAUUUUCCCAGCUAGCUUUAACUAGCUGUCACUGCAGUUUGGUUUUUGACCUCUGUUUACUAGUUCUUGACAAUUUUCCAUGCUGUUUUUUUCCUCCCAAAAAAGCUCUACAGUAUAAUAACGUUGAUGGUAAGGUAAGAUGUCAAAAAGUCAGACACCUGUCUUAAGUCAAUUGUGAGGAAAAUAUGAAGUUACUGUGUAUUGACUUUGGAGGGUAUGUAUGCAGCUUAUAGAGUUGUGUCUGUAUUUUAUAUAAUGUGUCAGACUUGGGCACUGACAUUGAAGCCAUGUGUAAAAGGGUAAUUGCUUUUUUAUCUUUAAAAAACCAGCAGUUCUUCAUUUACCCUUUUAAAGAAUAUUCAGAAUACCACUCUUGUUAAAGAAACUUAAAGUGGUAAUGUUAUUCCAGCAUGCUGCAUGGAGGCAUAUGAAGGUCACUGUUCAAUGGAAAAGAUAUGAUCUCUGCACAAAAUGUGUUUCAGGAUUUAAUGGUACAUUUUUUUUAUUGCUCACUUACAUGCUAACUUAAAUUAAUUAAUAUUGUAUGUGUUUCGUUUUAAUUAAUGUUUAUUUACAAACAAGAUGGAUGUAUAGCUUAAUAGGAUUUAAAUGUUUCACAAGGGAGCUAUAUAGCACAAUGGAGCAAAGCAAUGUAAUGCAACUGUUAGUGUUGUCCUCCUGACACUUACGGGAAGGUUCUUUUAAUGCCACUUUGAUUUAAUGGUAACUGUGUUAUUGCUUAUCAUUUGUUUACUUGUCUUUUGUAUGCUGUCUUAAUUAUUUUACCUCAUACUGCCAGUAAUAGCUAAAAGUGAGUUUCUCACUUUCUGUACAGGAGGAAAUUGUACAGGUUCUUAUCUUCACUGGUAUUGAAUCUUUUAUGUGAAGAUGCUGCAUUUUGAAUUAAAGUACAUGUCAGCAAAAUAAACUGGAAAGACUGA